AUGCCGCUGCAGGACGACACCCUCCGGGAGGUGUGGGCUUCAGACAGCGGGCACGAGGAAGGAGGUCCGAGUCCGGAGGCCCUGCGGCGCCCCAAACAGGUGCCCUUUCUCCCAUCUGUCCCGGGACAGAAGCUGAGGAAGAAGAGGACAGAGACCCCCGAGUCCCCCUGCCCCAAGGGAGCCAAGCCUCGGAGACCCGGAGCCGUGCGGAGGGGAAGGCCGCGGGAGGAGCCCCCCUCGGCCCCGGUAGAGGCUCGGGCGCCGCCGACCGUCUACACCAAGUUCCUCAGGGACCCCACAGCCAAGAAGCGCGACCACCAGAAAAGCUUCCUGGUCGCCCGAGCCCCGGACGCGGAGGACGAGGAGGAGGAAGAUGAGGAGGACGACGAUGAGGAGGAGGAAGAGGAAGAAAAGAAAAAGAAACUCCCUCUGCCUGCCAAGAAGUCCCCCAGAGGGAGGACUUCUAUAGACAUGAAAGAGAGGAGAGCCAGGGCCUUGGGCCCGAGAGGAGACCUGGGGAGCCCUGACCCCUCCCCGAAACCUCUCCGCCUUAAGAAGAAGGAAGCCGGGGAGAAGACCAAGCUAAGGAAGAGCAAGAAGAAAGGGUCUGGGGAGGCGGGCAAGGAGUCCGCAGAGAGCCCGGCCAGAGCGAGGAAGAAGAACCUGGCGGCCAUGUUUCAGGUCGGGGAAGGCAGCCCCGCCCAGAAAGCGCUGAAGAAGAAAGGCACCCACAAAGGUCCAGACGGGGAUGAGGAGGAGGAGGAGGAGGAGGAGGAGGCCACCGCUGCAGGCACCAAGAACAGCAACCAGAAGGGCAAAGCGAAAGGCAAAGGCAAAAAGAAAGCGAAGGAGGAGAGGGCCCCGUCGCCGCCCGUGGAGGUGGACGAUCCCCGGGAGUUCGUGCUGCAGCCCGCCCCCCAGGACCGGACAGUGCGCUGCCGGCUGACACGGGACAAGAAGGGCAUGGAUCGCGGCAUGUACCCCUCCUACUUCCUGCACCUGGACACAGAGAAGAAGGUGUUCCUCUUGGCCGGCAGGAAACGGAAACGGAGCAAGACAGCCAAUUACCUCAUCUCCAGCGACCCUACCAACCUGUCCCGAGGAGGGGAGAACUUCAUCGGGAAGCUGAGGUCCAACCUCCUGGGGAACCGCUUCACCGUCUUUGACAACGGGCAGAACCCACAGCGCGGAGGCAGCGCCAGCGUGGCCAGCCUUCGGCAGGAGCUGGCGGCCGUGAUCUACGAAACCAACGUGCUGGGCUUCCGCGGUCCCCGGCGCAUGACUGUCAUCAUCCCCGGCAUGAGCGCAGACAAUCAGAGGGUCCCCAUCCGGCCGCGCAACGCCAGUGACGGGCUGCUGGUGCGCUGGCAGAAUAAGACGCUGGAGAGCCUCAUUGAGCUGCACAACAAGCCGCCCGUCUGGAACGAAGACAGCGGCUCCUACACGCUCAACUUCCAAGGCCGAGUCACUCAGGCCUCGGUCAAGAACUUCCAGAUUGUCCACGCUGAUGACCCCGACUACAUCGUGCUGCAGUUCGGCCGCGUGGCGGAGGACGCCUUCACCCUGGACUACCGGUACCCGCUGUGCGCCCUGCAGGCCUUCGCCAUCGCCCUCUCCAGUUUCGACGGGAAGCUGGCCUGCGAGUGACCGCUCGGCGCCCCCCGAGCCCGCCGGCGUGUGGGCAAGGAUUCGGUGGAGACCCCAAGUCCCCACGGAAGACUCCUCCUCUAUCCGGGGCUGACCCCUCACUGCCUCUCGGUGACCUCGGUCCGCUCCCCAGCCUGGCACGGCCGAGGCAGGGGAGGAGCUCAGACGGCGGGUCGGAUGGAGAUGAAGAACAUCUGGAGUUGGAGCCGCACAUCUGGCGGCGGAGCUCGGCGCGC